GACAGAUACAAAGAUUUUUUUUUUUUUGCUUCUGUUAAAAUCUUUAAGGAAAUAUGAAACAGAGUAUCCUCUGUUUUUUCCUCAUCGUAAGCUUCAAUAUUUCUUCAGUUCCCGCACAAACAUGUAUGAACAGUGGGAAUUUCAGACCCAACAGUACAUACGACGCAAACCGCCGUCUCAUCCUCUCUUCUCUUCCUUCUAAUGUCACGGCUCAAGCCGGCUUCUUCUACAAUGGUUCCAUCGGACGAGAACAGAAUCGAGUCUACGCAAUAGGGAUGUGCAUCCCAGGGUCAGCUCCUGAUGACUGUUCUAAUUGUAUCAAGAAAGCGUCUGAUGGAUUGAUACAGAGGUGUCCUAAUCAAACAGAAGCUUAUUCAUGGCACGGUGAGCCCACGCUUUGUCAUGUUCGCUACUCCAACACUUCCUUCUCUGGAUCUGCAGAUAUGGAACCGUCUUUACUGGUCAGCAACAAUGAAGAUAUCAACUCAAAUCUAAACCAAUUGAGAGAAAUAUAUAACGGAGUAAUCUUUCGUAUGAUUAAUGCAGCCUCCACAGCAAAAAGCACACCAUCGUCUAGUAAUAAUUAUUACAAUGCUCCAAUUUCAGCCAUGUCAUCUUCCGAGAAUAUAUACGCAUUGAUGCAAUGCACGCCUGAUCUUUCUUCUAAUGAUUGUAAAAGUUGUCUCCAAGAAAGCACAAAUGACUAUCAGUUAUGCUGUUCUCAGAAGCAAGGAGGUACUGUUAUGAGGCCAAGCUGCUAUUUUCGUUGGGAUUUGAAAACAUUCUCCAAUGCUUUUGGUGAUAUUAUGGUGGCUCCUUCUCCUCCUCUGCAGCAACCUGACAAAGGUGAUAUUCCACAUUCCGCAGAUAGUGGGAAAAUCUCAACCGGAGCUUUAGUGGCAAUUGUGGUUUCUAUUGUAGUAGUCGUCUUGAUGGUCAUCAUCUUCUUAGUACUGCGUGCUCGAGGUUCUUUUGUAUAUUUAUCAAGGAGGAAAACAAAUCAGCAAUUUGGUUUUGAUCAAUCUGGUAUAACUGUACACUCCCUGCAAAUAGAUUUUAAGAUAAUUGAAGCUGCAACAAACAACUUUGCAAGGAGUAACAAGCUUGGUCAAGGUGGAUUCGGCGAAGUUUACAAGGGUACGUUGCCUAAUGGAACAGAAGUUGCAGUGAAGAGGCUAUCCAAAGAAUCAGCACAAGGUGCAGUAGAGUUUAAGAACGAGGUUGUUGUUGUUGCAAAACUCCAGCAUAGAAAUCUUGUUAGGCUUCUAGGGUUUUGUCUUGAAGGAGAAGAAAAGAUACUUGUUUACGAGUUUGUCCCCAACAGGAGCCUCGAUUACUUCCUCUUUGACCCUAGAAAGCAAGGACAGUUAGAUUGGACAAAGCGGUACAACAUUAUCCGGGGUAUCGCUAGAGGAGUAUUAUACCUUCAUCAAGAUUCACGGGUAACAAUCAUACAUCGGGACCUCAAAGCCAGCAACGUUCUCCUUGAUGCUGAUAUGAACCCGAAAAUUGCUGAUUUUGGAAUGGCAAGAAUUUUUGGGAUGGACCAAAGUGGAGCUAAUACAAACAGAAUAGUUGGGACACGCGGUUACAUAUCCCCGGAAUACGUGACGCGAGGCGUAUUCUCAACAAAAUCUGAUGUCUUUAGUUUUGGAGUCUUAGUUCUUGAGAUUAUAUGUGGUCGACAUAACAUAUUCUCCAACGAGUCAGAUACUACAGCUGAGAAUUUAGUCACAUAUGUUUGGAGGUUGUGGAGAAACGGGUCACCAUUAGAAAUUGUAGAUCCAACCAUCUCAGAGAAUAUUCAAACCAACGAAGUGACACGAUGCAUCCACAUUGCGCUCUUGUGUGUCCAAAAAGAACCACAAGAUCGUCCCAAGUUGUCGACGAUCAUGUUGAUGCUAACUAGCAAUACCCACCUUUUACCUACUCCUAAUCCACCUGGAUUCUUGUUUCCAAAUGGAAGCAACCAAGAACGAGUACCGGAGUGCAUAGAGUUGAGGCAGUCUAUGAUAGGGUCCAAUUCUCAUACUGUCAAUGAUGUAACGGUUUCAGAUGUGGAUCCUCAAUUGUGAAACGCAGGGAAAGGUAGGAAUUCAAGUGUGCUAGUGGCAGCCAUUGUUGUGCCUAUUAUAGUGGUUGUUCUACUAUUCAUAGCUGGUUAUUGUUUCUUUGCAAAGAGGACAAAGAAGACUUCUAAUAUUGCUCCAGCCUUUUAUGGAGAUGAUAUAAAAACCAUAAAGUUGCUGCAACUUGAUUAUGGAACAAUACAAGCUGCAACAAAUAAUUAUUCAGAAAAGAAUAAGAUUGGUCAAGGUGGAUUUGGUGAGGUUUAUAAGGGUACAUUUUCAAAUGGGACUGAAGUUGCGGUGAAGAGGCUGUCAAAAUCAUCAGGACAAGGUGAAACAGAGUUCAAGAACGAGGUUGUUGUUGUUGCAAAGCUUCAGCACAGAAAUCUUGUUAGGCUUCUUGGAUUUUCUAUUGAACGAGAAGAAAGGAUACUGGUCUAUGAGUAUGUGCCCAACAAAAGCCUUGAUUACUUCCUCUUUGACGAGAAAAAGAAAGGUCAGCUAGACUGGACUCAACGAUACAAGAUUAUUGGAGGGAUUACUCGAGGGAUUCUAUAUCUUCACCAAGAUUCACGGCUCACAAUCAUACACCGUGACCUCAAAGCAAGUAAUGUUCUCCUAGAUGCGGAUAUGAAUCCCAAAAUAGCUGAUUUUGGAAUGGCAAGAAUCUUUGGAAUGGAUCAAACCCAAGAGAACACAAGCAGAAUAGUUGGUACUUUCGGUUACAUGUCUCCUGAAUAUGCGAUUGAUGGCCAGUACUCAAUGAAAUCUGAUGUCUAUAGCUUUGGAGUGUUACUUCUUGAGAUUAUUAGCGGUAGGAAGAACAACAGCUUCUACGAGACAGACGCAGAACUUGACUUGGUUACUUAUGCUUGGAAGCUUUGGAGCAAUGGAAAUGCUUUAGACCUUGUGGAUCCAAUUAUCCUAGAUAAUUGUCAAAAGAGUGAAGUGGUUCAGUGCAUUUAUAUCGGUCUUGUAUGUGUUCAAGAAGAUCCUGCAGAACGUCCGACAUUUUCAACAAUUUUUGUGAUGCUCACUAGUAAUACUGUGACUUUACCAGUGCCUCGGCAACCAGGUUUUGUCGUGCAUAGUAGACCUCAAAAAGACCCGCUUGAUUCAUAUCGAUCUGUUGAUGAUACAUCGAUCACUGUGUUAUAUCCUCGUUGAAUAUUCGGUUAGCAGCUUUUGCCGCCGUAGAAUUAAACCAAAGCAAUUAUUUACAUAUUUCUAGAGGUGGUGAAGCAAGUUUAUUUUGUUUAGUUUUGGUUUGGCAAUCUGGUUUUAUAUAUAGAAACUGAAAUUAAAGAAAACCAUAUGUAAUUCAAUUUGGAUGGUGUUGUCUGAUGCAAUUUUGAAGUUCGAUUCAGUAUUUUUA